AUGGGCGUUUCGGGAUACCUGUUCGCCUGUAUUUACAUCGUCCUGUUGGCCGCGAUCAGCUCUGCGACGUGUUUCCAUCCGCCGUCGUCUGGCGCCCGGUACACCGUCCACGACUGUCCGUCGACGUGGUUCGAGCUCUGCGCUAAGCGACGCAAGAGCGCACGGGUGUUGAUUACGCUAGAGUGUACCGAGGCGCGUAAGCUGGGUUUGCAGCCGUCGCGGUAUUACACUUCGAAGAACAAGGCGAACACUCCGGAGCGCCUGGAGCUCAUGAAAUACAACAAGUACCUGCGACGCCACACCUUACACAAGGAAAUCAGAAGGAAGGGAACUGGUAACGAUGUCGGACGUUCUAUUCGACGCCGCCGUGAAAUUCACGGAGAUAAAUUAGCUUUCUACAAGUACUUCAAGCAGGCAACCGUCGGCGACUGCAACAUAAGCAAGCCCGGGUUCCUUCAGCUGCAGCAGAAAUACAAGUGGGAGGCCUGGGACAGCGUUCGAGGCAUGACCCAGGACGCUGCGAAGGAGGCGUAUAUAAUGCUGUUGGAUAAAUUGUGCCCCUCAUGGCGCAAUUGA